AAAGAGAGGCCCCAUCCCAUGUGCCCUUUUUUAUGCUUUUGCAACUGUUCAUCUCUUACUAAUCGCUUUUCCGGAAGAGCAUUUGGAACUUCGUGCAUUUACUCAAAUGCAAUUCAAGUAAAAUUCGGAACUAGUCUUCCCUUCUCUCUCGUUUCAUUAGAUCCUCCUCAAUUCUUAACUACCCUCUCUCUCUUGCUUUGCUUUAUUGGAUCCUCCUAAAUUUUGAACCAGUCCCUCUUUCUACUCUAUUCACAAUUAAUCUCUCUGCACAACUACUUCUAGAUCUGAAAACUAGAGGUUAUGGAUAUGGUUUCUUCUUCUUCUUCUUCUUCAUCCGCUGCUGAUACAAAAAAGUAAUUGUUUUGGAUAUUAUUUUGGAGGUGGAGAAAAUAAACAAGCCCUUGUCAAAUUGGUAACUCGUCCGAGAGGUUCUGAAAAGCUUCAUUACAAAAGAUUGAAAGAGAAAGCGCCAAUGGAAAUAGAAAACAAGGAAGAGAACAGAAGAAAAAGGAAUCGAUCAGGUGACGAUGAUGAUACUGAUUGUGAGGGGAGCAAAGCAAGGAGACAAGAUGUUGUGGAUAUCGCUUCUUCUUCUUCAUCCACUGCUGAUGCUGAUGAUACCAAAAAGUACGAUGUGUUUAUUAGUUUCAGAGGUGAGGACACCCGCCGUACCUUUACCAGCCACCUUCACGCUGCCUUACGUGAGAAAAAAAUCACAACCUUUAUUGAUGACAAGCUUGAGAGUGGAGAUGAAAUCGCACCUGCCCUUCUCAAAGCAAUCGAGGAAUCAGAGCUUUCGGUGAUCAUUUUCUCGAAAGACUACGCUUCUUCCACGUGGUGUUUGGAUGAGCUUGUGCAUAUCCUAGCAUGCAAGGAAAAACAUGGCCAGUUGGUUAUACCCAUUUUUUACGACACCCUUCCAUCGGAUGUACGAAAACAACGGGGGGGUUAUGAGAUUGCAUUUGCUCAACUUGAGCAACGUUUCCAGAACAGUAUCGACAAGGUGCACAAGUGGAGGGAUGCUUUGACGAAAGCAGCAAAUAUAUCUGGGGUUGAUUCAGAAAAAUUUAGGACGGAUGCUGAUUUAGUUAAGAAAGUUGUUGAAGAUAUUUCGACCAAAUUGUGUCGCGCAUCAUCCCGCGAUUUAAAGGGCUUUGUUGGAAUUGAAAGUCGCAUUAAGCAGGUCGAAUCGCUAUUAGGCAUUCAUUCAUCGGAUGCUUGCAUCACUGUCGGUAUUUGGGGCAUGGGUGGUAUUGGCAAGACCACCCUUGCUGAAACUAUAUUUCACAAACUCUCUUCUAAAUUCGAAGCUUCUUGUUUUGUUAAGAAUGUUAGGGAGAACUCAGAAAAAGUAGAUGGACUAGAUCACUUGGAAAAAACACUUCUUAAGGAGAUAUUAAAGGAAGAAGGUCUAUCCAUACGAUCAACUAUUGUUCAAAAAAGGCUCAGACGCACAAAGGUCCUCAUUGUUCUUGAUGAUGUGAGUAGUUCAAUGCAAAUUGAACGUUUAGCUGGAGAUCCUCCUUGGUAUGGCACUGGAAGUAUAAUCAUUAUCACAACUAGAGAUAGGGGCACACUUGGGAAAACUGUUAAAGAGGAUAAUAUCUACAAGGUUGAGGUACUAAAACCGGAUGACGCUCUUCAACUCUUCUGUUCGCGUGCUUUCAAGAAUAACAGUACGCGUAUAAUAGAUUGUAAGGAGUUGGCAGAAAAGGCGGUGGCUUAUGCCAAAGGCCUUCCUUUAGCUCUUACAGUUCUGGGGUCCUUGUUCUUCAAUUGCAAGAGCAAAGAAGAAUGGGAAGAUGUGUUCAACAAAUUGAAACGAUUUCCCAGUGAAGAUAUUCAGGAAGUGUUGAGAAUAAGUUAUGAUAGAUUGGGAGAAAAUGAGAAGGAGAUAUUUCUGGAUAUAGCAUGUUUUCAUACAGGGGAGUAUCUGGUUGAGGUAAAACAGAUGUUAGAUGCUCGUGGAUUCUUUGCGACAGAUGGAAUUAGAAUUCUCAAAGAUAUGUCUCUCAUAUCAAUUGAUUCAGAACUGGAAACCAUACCGGUGGACCUAGAGAUGGACGAUUUUCCACAAGAGAUGGACGAUUUUCCACAAGAAAUGGGAAGGGAAACCAUAGAGAUGCACGAUUUGCUACAAGAAAUGGGUGGGAAAAUUGUUCAAGAACAAGGUAAUAAAGAUCCUGGUAAACGGAGUAGGUUGUUCAAUGAUGGGGAUGUCUAUCGUGUAUUGAGCAGUAACAUGAUACUUGUCAACUUACAAGUUAUCGAUCUGUCAUUCUCUAAGCAUCUAACUAAAGUUCCAAAUCUCUCUGGGAGUCUAAAAAUUGUGAAGAUAAAUCUCAGGAGCUGUAAGAGUUUGGUUGAAAUUCCUUCGUAUUUUCAACAUCUUGACAAGCUUAUUCAUCUUAAUCUGGGGUACUGCAGGAGUCUCAAGUAUCUUCCAAAGAUGCCAGGAAGUAUUCAAUACUUAGAUUUAGAAUGCACUGGUAUAAAGGAGGUGCCUGAAUCAGUUUGGUCUAACGAAAAUAUUUCUUACUUGAAUUUAACGCGUUGCAGAUACCUUAAGAAACUUCCAAGCAGCAGGUGUAAGUUGAAAAAUCUCGAGAAACUUGAUCUCGGUGGGUCUGACGUUGAAAAUCUCCCAGAGAUUUGGGAGCCAAUGGAACAUUUGAAGUCCUUAAGUUUAUCAUACACAGCAGUUACAGAGCUACCCUCAUCAAUCUGUAAGUUGAAAUAUCUUGAGAGUCUUGAUCUCACCGGGUGCUAUGGAUUUUCCAAAUUCCCUGAAAUCUUGAAGCCAAUGGAACAAUUGGUGUCUCUUUGUUUGGUAGGCACAGCUCUCGAAAUGCUUCCUUCGUCAAUUGGAAAUCUAAAUAGGCUUCAAGAUUUAAACCUUGGUGGGUGCAAGCAACUUAAGGAUGUCCCAACAAGUAUCUCCAGUUUAACCAAUCUUAAACGUCUCAAAUUUAACUACUGUUGGAGACUUGAAAAAUUGCCUUCCACUCUCUGUUUUCGCUCUUUAGAAGAACUAAAACUCAUCUGGAGCGGUAUAUUGGAAAUACCAGCAAGCAUCAAACAAGCUUCUCGGUUGUCUAUGCUCGACGUACAAUAUUGCCGUCAGCUUCAAUCUAUACCAGAGCUCCCAGUGCUAUGUGAUGUUAACGCUCAAGGCUGCACGUCGCUGAAGAUAGUGUCAAGUUCAAGGACAGCACUCACACAAGGUUGGGAUAAACCUAAUUAUUGUUGCAGAAUCUUUACUAAUUGCCCAAAAUUGGAUAAUAAUUCAAGGAGCAACAUAAUGGAUGAAGCACAGAUUGCAAUUAUGCGAAUGGCAAGUGUUGCGCCUUUUGAGUACCAUCGCCGACAUCAUAAUCCCUGGCCUCAGAUUAAGAUUGCAUAUUCAGGAAAAGAAAUUCCAAAUUGGUUCAACUAUCAAAAUGAGGGAUCUUCAGUAGACAUCGAGCUUUGUCCAGAUUGGUUUCGAACAGGUUUAUUUGGUUUUGCUCUCUCUAUUGUUAUUCCUCCGAAUUUAGAUAACUUGGGUGCCCUCUUUAGUGUAAGAGCUAAUUUCAUUGUCAAAUUCAUGGGUGAAAGCCAUGAACUGUUCAGUUCUAAGUACAUUAGACCAGGCCAAGACUACACGGACGGCCAACAUCACGUGCAUGUGUGGAAUGAGGCCUUUAGAAGUGAAGAGGUAGGAAAAAACUGCUCCCCUGAUGUUUACAUACUUGCCAAAGAGGCCUCUGUUGUCUUCUGCCUGGUGGAUUGGAUAGGACGACCUGCUUCUCCGUCCUCUGUGAAGGUGGAAAGCUGUGGUAUAUGCCCAUUGUAUGCGGAAGAUGCUGAGAAAUUCAAUUUUGGUCAUGUGUUCAAGUCGAGGGGACCAAAAGUAGAAGAAGAAACAAGACAAGAUGAUGAUUCCAAGGGUCGUGGAUCAAGUGAUGAGUCUGAAGCAAAUGACAGUGAUUAGGAAAAACUUUUUAAGGCAAAUUUGUACUUUGAUAGCUCACUUGUCUGACCAAGAAAUAAGACAACAACUAGGCAAGGGCUUUAUUAUUUUGGUAUUGUUUAUGCUUUAUACAUUAUGAAGCGCUAGUUAUGGAAGUGUAUAAUAGCCUA